AUGGGCGACGAGUUGACGACAGAGAUCGUGCAGCUGAUCGCUACUUCUCGUGGGUCCGUCGGCAACUCGACGGCAUCACGGCCAUCUAUUUCGAAGACACAGGCUAGUGUUGUUCAUGUUGAGGGUCUCGCUCCGAUGUUUCUCAAAAACGCCAUCAGAUCUCAUCUUCAUUUCUCACAGUUAAAUUCAUGGAUUUCAAUGCAAAGCGGUCGCUUACCGGAUGGUGUAUCAUGCACGUAUAGAAUUCAUCUCUCUGCCGGUGAAUUAAGCAGAAGAGAUGACGAAGUCACGGAGCACACGUUUCCGGUGUGUCGAAUGGAUCGUCAGAGUGUGUUGGUUGUCUCUGUGAAGUACGUGAAAGCUGAACAAAUGCCGGUACCUGUUGGAUUGUGCCUUACACUUGGUGUUCUUCCGAUUGAUCAGUGGCUUAUGCCAAGUCCACUGGAAUCGCCAACCGACGACGGUCCACUGAUUGCUUCAUCUGAGGCUGUUACGAUCUCCAGUUUGAAACAUAAGCCGCUGCCACCUGCGUCACCGCCUAGUCCAGAUGGUCCGUCACCGAAAUUUUCAGCCAUCGCUGGUCCGAAUGAUGAGCGUCCUGCUCGUCGAGUUCUCUCGACGCACAUGUCGACGAGGACUGAGAAUCGACAAGAUUCCAAGGAGAUCGAGUUGCUGGCCAGCCGACUUCAGGUCAUACAGAGUGAUCACGGGCGUCAACGAUCGAAAACCCGCGGAUCUAUUUUCAACAAGAUCACUGGAUUGCCGUUGCAUUCAAGUCCAGCUCCACUGUCUCGGCAACGAAAUAACGUAGCAGCGUCGGAUAUGGUACUGCCGAAAUCACGACGAUGUCGCCAGCAACCAAGUAGUCUUCUAGGAAAUUUCGAGGAAAGUGCGCUGAAUGGACGAUUGGACCCCGUGAAAACACUCAACGGCUUUAAGUUACAACUAGAACUGCUGUGGUUGUUUUCGUUAUUCAACUCCCUAUUCAUAUUGGUGGUCUACUUUAACAUAAACUAUAAACAGCUAAAUAUACUGCUUUUCGAUUCAUUUCUACGUUUUCAGACUCUGUUCAAUCCUCAGGAUACGGUAGUAAAAGUGUUCGUUAUCACGUACGAUAUAAGUGAUAUGCCGCCAUCAUCACAAACUUUUAUCCGACAACGGACGUUCAUUGGAAACGACGGCGAUUCGAAAGUGGACAGACAUCUUGUUAAUCUCAUACAUUUUCGGCUGGCCACAGAUCGUCGAUGUCGUCUGUAUUUACACACCGACAUUCGAAUGCUUUUCUCCCAAAACAAUACCCUGGACGUCUUGAAUCUGGAGCUGGAGGGUCAUGUUGGUCACGAUUCCGCUCGAUAUCGACUGAUCGCCGAGACGGAGCUACCGCGAAAUCCACGAUAUUCACCGAAGAAGUGA